AUGUGGGCUGUUUCAAAUAGCAUACUCCUCUCGGCGGUGACGACAGGCCUGCUCUCCCAUGCUAUCUACAAGAGGCGCGAGCCAGACGUCGUCUCCUUUCUACGACAGUUUCUGCUGCUUGUCGCCGCUGCACUAGGAUGGACGGCCUCCUCUCAGACAGCUUUCGAUCCGCUGUCGAUCAUAGCAGCUACACUUCUCUUCGCCACGGUGAAUCUGUUCACCCUUGGACUGAGCAUUUCCAUCUACCGACUGUUCUUGCACCCUCUUCGAAAGUUUCCAGGUCCCUGGGCGGCGAAGUUGACCAAGCUGGAGGGAGUCUAUUACGCAUUGCCAGGUAAAUUUCACGAUCAUAUGCAGGAAAUCCACGACAAGUACGGUGAUGUGGUCAGAAUUGGUCCCAAUGAACUUUCCUUCCGCUCGGCCUCUGCCGUGAAACAUUUGGUGGGAAAGGUCAACAAGGGCGCAUACUUUGAAACCAGCGUCUAUACAGAAGGCGAAGGGGUCCCAAUCAAUGCAUUGGUCGAUUUCGAGGAGCACAAGCAGCGGCGACGGCUCUGGGACUCGGCAUUCAACCAGAAAAGCCUCAAGUCCUUUUCUCCCAUGUUCAAUCGCCUUCUCGACCGGUUGAUUGGCGAACUCCACAAGUUCGAGGACUGGUGUGACUACUAUGCUUUCGACGUGAUGGGCGAACUGGCCUUUGCAAAGGACUUUGGUCUGAUCACGGGCGAGGGGAAUAGAGAUUACUCGGGCUUCAUCCGAAGCGGCCUCAAGAUCUUCUUCGUCGUCUCCAACAUACCAUGGAUCUCGCCUCUGGCCUACUACUUCCCCAUAUCGGAAGAGGUGAAGCAACAGUCUAUCAAAUUCCGCGAGCUGGGCUCCAAGCAGAAGAAUGCAGAGGCUCAUCUACGGGCGGACUCGCCGGUGCUCUUCAUCGCUGGCAGCGACACGACAUCCACAACGAUGGCGUUUCUCUUCUACUUCGUUCUGCGGGACCGGAAGGUGUAUAAGAGACUCCGCGACGAGAUAGACCAAGCUUGGGACGGGAAAUCUCCCUUGGAGGCUGGGAUGCUGGGUAUCGAGACAUGUCCGUAUCUUCACGGGGCCAUACAAGAAGCCCUGCGCCUGGUCCCUCCCGCUCCGAAUGGAAUGCAACGCCGCCUGAUCCGGGACACUGAGAUUGACGGCCAUUUCAUCCCCGCGGGGACACUGGUCUCAGUCAACGCCUGGGCCGCGCAGCGCCACGCCAAACAUUUCACCAACCCUCUCGACUUCGUGCCUGAGCGCUGGAUCGACUCGGAACGGGACAAGAAGUGGAACCACGUCCCCAUGGCCUACAUCCCCUUCGGCAUCGGCAGCUACCUGUGCAUAGGCCGCGCGCUGGCCAUGCAGGAACUGCGACUCAUAGCCGUCAAGCUGAUGCGCGAGUUCGACCUCGAGCUGGUCCCGGACUUUGACCAUGCCCGGUUCUGGGCCGACAUUCGGAGCUGGCAGGCGAUUUUUAAGCCAGCUCUUCCGGUUCGGUAUAAGCGACGCAGCAGGACGGGGGGCACGGUGUAA